AACUCCAGCGCUCGACGGCAAGGGUGUGGGAGCCACCGACUCGCACAUUGGCCCAGGCGGCCAGCCUGCCCGGCCCUGCCCAGACCACGCCCUUCUCGCGGUUGAGACUCUCCCCUGGGGGUGGCCCCACAACCCAGCACGGGCGCGGCAGGUGUCUUGCUGCGACGCUAGGCCGGCGGGUGCGGCCCCUGACCCUGCUGGCCAGGGGAACCGGAGCGGGCGGAGCGGAGCCUAGGCUGGACGUUAGCCUGGCCUGAGCGGGGCUCCCAGGAACACCCUAGCCCAGAGCCCCGCGGGCUAGCCGCUGCCCGCAGCGCCUUGCGAGGUGCCAGGCCCCUACUCUGUCGUCCACGCAGCUAGGAGGGCGAGAAUGGGCUGAGCCGGGCCAGGGCGUCGCGGGGUGUACCAAGGGGUGACUGCCAGGUCUCUGGGGAGAGCCAGCCUCCCCCUCCAGCGGUUCCCAGAUGUCAUUCUGCCCGCCCAGGCGCCUGGUUGCUGAGCUCCGGGGGAUUCCACGGUUACUAAGCUACUGGUUUUUGUUGACUUUUAAAUAUUUUCUUCUAAGGGAGACGGGGAGGGGGACAAAGGUCAGGCGAGAGCAAAUAAGAACGAAUCGAAACAAGCUCCUCCUCCCCCAAAGAGAGCAGCCCCCAACCCACUGCCCACACGCAAGCCAGAGGCCUCUAAGCCCAGGCCCUUCCCUGGAGCAGCAGCUGGACCGGACUGAGCAGCUUCUGCCAGGCCCCGCCCUCCACCUCCUCACUGGUGAAUGAGAGGUGGGGGUGCACGGUCCCCCUGUCUCCGAGCCCUGGGUGGACAAAGGGGCUUCUGGAGAGAGAGGAGGAAGAUGGCCAGUGGAAACGGGCUGCCUUCGUCCUUGGCCCUGGUGGCCAAGCGCCCCUCGGCCCUGGGCCCAUUCCCCCGAUACAUCUGGAUCCACCAGGACACGCCCCAAGACAGCCUGGAUAAGGCUUGCCAUGAAAUCUGGAAGAGAGUUCAGGGCCUGCCCGAGGACUUGCAGUCCAGAACCUCCACAGAGCAGCUCUCUGCCACCGGGGCAGGAAUGCCAAGGGACCACAGGCUCAGCUUCAUAGACGAAACUCUGGAGAUCAGCAGUGGCAAAGAUGAGAUCUCCCUGUUGGUGGAGCAGGAGUUCCUCAGCCUCACCAAAGAGCACCUCAUCCUGGUCAAAGAGAACUCGGGGAAACCAGAGGCCCCAGGUAGCUCCCCUGAGGAGGCCAGGGACCAGCCAGCUCCCUGCACAUCUGCACCUCCUCCAGUGGCAGGUGGCUCUGAGCAGCCAGGAGUCUCUGUCACUGCUGGAGAUGAGCUUCUGGAGCAGAAGGUGGCCGGGUCUGCCAUCGGCAGCCGACAGGACUGCGAUUCUGCUGUGUCUACGGUCACCGGCAUCCUGCGUGCCGCCAAGGGCAAGAGUGCCACGGGCAUGGAGAACGGGGGCCACAGCCCAGGCGCCUGCAACUCAGAAAUCAGCAAGCUGCUGGCCCAGUUCCCGCUGAAGUCCACGGAGACGUCCAAGGCCCCCGACAACAAGAUGGUCCUGGAGGAGACCAGGGUCAUCAAGGACUUCCUGCAGAACAGCAUGUUCAGCAGCUCUGGACCCAGUGAGCCCCCGGGGCUGGGUCCCUUCCUGCUGCUGCCACCUGCACCUCCUCUCACAGCCCCCGGCAAGCUCCCCGAGCUCCCUGCUCAGAAGAGGCAGCUCCCUGUGUUUGCAAAGAUCUGCUCCAAGCCUGAGCCUGACUCCGAAGGGCACCCUUUGCUGCAGGAACAAAACCCUAGCAACAAAGACUCAACCAAGUGUCAAGACAGCCUCUUUGUUAGCCAGUGGCCCCAGAGUCGGAAGGAUACCUGUGGUGAGGAGGGUUGCAACGACCCAGUGGGCACCCCGUCCAUGGCCCUGCCGCCCAAGAAGCCUGCAUGGCCAGCCGAGAAGAAUCUGCUGUAUGAGUUCCUCGGAGCCACCAAAAACCCAAGUGGGCAGUUGAAGCUUCGCAACAAAGUGGAUGUGGAUGGGCUGGAGCUGAAAUUGAACCCACCUGUCACGGCUGCCGACAAGAACAACAUCAAGUACACAGGGAACGUUUUCAACCCACGCUUCGCCACAGCCUUGACCUCAGCCACCCUGAACCAGCCACUCUGGCUCAACCUGAACUACCCACCUCCACCAGUGUUCCCCAAUCACUCUACCUUCUCACAGUACCAGGGCCUGUACCCGCAGCGGGCUGCGAGGAUGCCGUACCAGCAGGCUGUGCACCCCCAGCUGGGCUGUUACUCCCGGCCGGUGACCCCGUACAACCCACAGCAGAUGGGACAGCAGAUUUUCCGCUCUUCCUACACCCCGCUGCUGAGCUACAUCCCCUUCGUCCAGCCCAACUAUCCAUACUCGCAGAGGACACCUCCCAAGCUGUCCACCAAUCCCCGAGACCCUUCCCCCAUGGCGGGAGACGGGCCACAGUACCUCCUCCCCCAGGCAUACGGGUUUGGCUCAACGUCUGGUGGGCCCCUGAUGAACAGCCCUUAUUUCUCGUCCAGUGGAAAUGGCAUAAAUUUUUAGCUCUCCUUCUUUUCCCCUCCUCCUCCCUUAGCCCUUGGAUCAGGGCUAAGGGCUCUGGAAUUCUGGAUUCUGCAACAGCUUGGUACGAAGUUUGGAAUGCCAAGGUUCUGACCAGGUGACAGACAGAAAACAGCAAGACCAGAUCCAUCGAUGCACCAACACACAUACACACACCACACACAGCCUCUCUGACACAGCACAGACCACACGCAUGCACCCUUGUUCUCAUACUCGCUUGUUCAACCACAUGUGCUCCUGUAUUUAGCUAACAUGAGUGAUUUUUGUUUUUGUUGUUGGUAAACAUAGAGGUAAGAUAUUUAAUUUUAGAAAGUUUGUAUCUUAUGAUAAAAGUAUGAGCUGUUUGACACGGUGUGUGCCUGUUUAUUCUUGCUAUGCUCUGUGUCAUCUUUGCAGCUUGUUUGCCCCCUGGGACUUGAGGUUUACUCAGGAUGUUAGAAGAGACCAUGGGCCAGAGUCCUCAGAGAGCUGCUCUAAGCACAAGGGCCUGUCUUUUCUCCUGCAGUCUAGCCACUGCUCAAUGUCCCAGCUUGCACAUCUUAGGAGGGGACACUGGAAGGAAUGCAUCCUCCUCUGUUUUAUCCCAAGUGGAAGUUUUGCAGAAAAAAAAAUUCCUCUGGGACAGAGCAUGGGAGGAUGCGGUAUAGAAACAGCUUCAAAACUGAUCCCCAACGUGGUCGACUGUGUCCAAUAAGAUCACUCUCAGAGCUGCACCAGUGCCACUGUCCUGGGAUCUAGCCUGUUCAACUUUUAUCCAUGGCUUGAAUAAGGAGGGCAUCCUCAUCAUAUUUCUGGGGGACAUGAAUCUAGGAAGAAGGGAGAGCCUGAAUCCAUGACAGCAAACAUCCUUCAAUUCCACUCUACAUUCAUGGCAGGCAUCACUAGUCGACAACAGCACUCUAUUCCCCUGAGCCUAGACAUGGCUACAGAGUCAUUCUCUCUCUGGUGCCCCAGGCAGUCAUCACUGAUGGGAGUUACUCUGUGAAAUGAAACCUAUGUGCCACCCUCUGGAAAACUCCAACAAGAGGAGGUCAAGCAGGGGUUCAUAUGAGGGCACACUUUUCAGUCUUAAACAAAGCAAAACAAAAACCAAUGAACUAUCCACAUACAGGCUAGAUCAACGCAAUCAGUUCUAUUUUUUAAAGAGGUUUGUUUUAUUUAUUAGAAAGGCAGAGUUACAGAGAGGGAGAUUGGAAGAUUGGGAGAUUGGGAGAGGGAGAGAGAGAGAGAGAGAGAGAGAGAGAGAGAAUCUUACAUCUAUCAUUUCAUUCCCCAAAUGGUCACAAUGGCCUGAGCUGGGCCAAGCUGAAGCCAGGAGCCAGGAGUUUGUUCCAGGUCUCUUACAUGGGUGCAGGAGCCUAAGCACUUGGGCCAUCCUCCACUGCUUUCACAGGCACAUUAGCAGGUAGCUGGAUCUGAAGUAGAAUAGGCAACUCAAACUGGAGCCCAUAUGGGAUGCCAGUGUCAUAGGCUGUGGCUUUACCAGCUACACCACAACGCCAGCCACCAUGGUCAGUUCUAACCUGCUCCUUACCAACACUAUUAGACACUUAGAACCAGAACCCCACCUGGAUGAGGCCAGUGAAAGCUGGGUCUGGGGGAGCAUGAGGAGCCCUGACUGCAGCAGUGAGAGGCGUGGGGCCUAGAAUCAGCAGUGUGUCAGGAAGGGCAGAAGCCCAGUGCCCACAAGAGCCUUUCUCUUGCCCUCACUCUGGGAAACCUUUGGCCUCACUGACCUUUCCUUCUAGGUCCUUGGAAACCAAUUUCUCUCUCGAGUGCCCUUAAGACUGACUGCCAUCUCCCUUUCUCCAUAGCCUGAGUCUGGGACUCCCCCUGAAUUCUUCAGCUCCUCACCCCAGUGCCGGGCCCUGGUUCAGGGUUUAUUUCUGCUCAGUGCAUUGGGCUAAUUGCCUAGAUUCUCCAUGGACUUUGAGAGACAAUGGGCACCUAGAAGUCCUCACAAAUGCAAGAAUCCUUUGCUGCUUCCUCAAGCUGUACUUCUAGCUUUUGAUCCAGGUUGCAUUAUAGUUGGACACUCUCCCUUAGUCUUAACAUGUUUGAGGCAGCAGAGGAUAACACAAAGAACCUAGGGGCUGGUGCUGUGGCAUAGCGGGUAAAGCUGCCACUUGCAAUGCUGACAUCCCAUGUGGACACUGGUUUGUAUCCCAGUUACUCCACUUCUGAUCCAGCUCCCUGCUAACAUACCCAGGAAAAGCAGCAGAAGAUGGUGCAAAUGUUUGGCCCCUGUCACCUAUAUGGGAGACGCAAAUGAAGCUCCUGGCUUCUGGCUUAGAUCUGGCCCAGCACUGGCCAUUGCAGUCAUUUGGGGAGUAAACCAGUGGAUAGGAGAUCUCCAUCUUUCUCUUGUCUCUUCCUUCUCUCUCUGUAACUCUUUCAAAAUAAAUAAAUCUCUAAAAAAGAAGAAAGAUCCUAGGUUUUUUCUUGGCCAAAUCUGGUUCCUUGGCCAUUUUCCAACUUGAUGUUUGAAGAAGAAGCAAACUUCCCCCAACUUCAGGCUGUUAAUGGCAGUGAGGAUUAAUGUAGGCGUAUGGUCUUCCAUACGCUGCAUUCUCAGUGAAACUGGAUGUCCUCAAAACCAUCCUAUAAACCAAGGCAGAGAAUGCAGGGAGGAAAGGUCACUGCCUUCACGUAGAGGGGAAGAUCACAUUGAAAUGCCUGCUGCAGGACAUACAAACAAGAGAGUUGCUUUCUCCAAAGAGCCCUGAAAGUUUUAGGAACUUGAGGUGCAGGGCAGGUGCUGGACACCAUGGAACCUGGGCUGGAGAGAAACGGAAACAUGAGGUCGAUGUAAGAAUGAGCUCCUAUUCCCAGCCCCACAAAGCCAAGGACCAUGGACAGUUCAGUAGGAGCCAGGGGACUUUUUUUUUUUUCUUUUUUCUUUUUUUAGAGAAUUUUAUGGGCCAUGUCUAAGGAGUGUGGAGAAGAGGGCCUAGCUAGCACAGAGGGUCUAAGUGAAGUGCACACACACACCCAAUGCCAGCAGAGACUUUACCCAAGAGGGAUGAGUUUGGAGGCUCCUCUGAAGAAAAUGAAUUGCCCCAAAGGCAUUUUGAGAUACCAAUGAAAAUUACUGCAUAAUUAAUACCCUCCUUUAAAAUUGUAUUCAUUUCUCUCUUUUCUUUUUCCUGGAAGGGAGAGAGUGUCUAUUGGCUCACUCCCCCAAAUACCCACAACCUCUAGGGCUUGGCAAGGCCCAAGCCAGGAGCUUGAAACUCCAUAAGGGUCUCCCAUGUAGGUGACAGGAGCUCAAGUCCUUGAGCCAUCAGCUGCUGCCUUCCCAGAUGUGCAUUGGCAGGAAGCUGAAUUGGAAGCAGAGGGAGCUGUGCUGCAAACCAUGCACUCUGAUACAGGAUACAGGUGUCCAAAGUGAUGACUUUAACCAUUGCACUAAGUGCCUGCCCCUGAUGAGUGCCCUCUUACAAGACUGCUGCUAUGGUUUGGAUGCUCCAGAAGGAUUUAUGUGCUGGAAGCUUGGUCCCCAAUAUGAUAGGGUUGAGGCCAUAAGACCUAUUAGAGAUGGGGCCCAGUGGAAGGUGACUAGGCUUUGGGGGCUCCCCCAUCGUGGAUGAAAAAUGCUGUCUGCUGGAGUGGCUUGGGUCUCAUGGUACAGGAUUAGUUGCUGAGAGAGUGGGUUGCUGUCCAAGGGUGAGCUGGCUCCUCUCAGGUCUUCUGCGUCCUUGCUUGCACUUGGACCCCUUCUGCCUGCAGCCAGUUCCAUUCCUGCUUCUUUACCAAGUUGGGACACAAUCAGAUGGUGGUGUCAUGCUAUCUGAACUUUCUAUCCACCAGAAUCAUAAACUACAUACACCUCUUUUGUUGACACAUGACCCGCUGUUGGGUAUUUCGCUAUGGCAACAAGAUGGACUAAGCUUCCAAUCAACAUUCCAGGGAUGGAUGCUUAAUGUCACCUUUCUUAUCUAGUGUUGAUAAUAACCCUACAAGAUAUAUAUGAAUUUAUUACCUAUGCAGAAACUGAGGCUUGAAAGGAUUAAGCUUCUUAUUGAAGGUCGCGUGGCGUUGGCUAAGUGCUGAGUUACACAGAUGGGCCAUCAGAUUCUCUGCCCUCACAGAGCUAAUUAACAAGAAAGAAGAAAGACUUCUCAACAAGGAAGAUUUUUCUUUCCACAACCAUACUGCCCAGAUGUUUACAAAAGGAGAAGGAGAGAAUUGGCUUAAUGGGGACCAGAUUCCUUCACACCACUGAACGGAGGCCGUGCUUGGAUUCUUGUCACAUGGGCCUCUCCAUAGAGCAUCUUAGGACAUAGCAGUCAACAAGCAAAAGGCAAGAAGCAGUGCCAGUGAGAGUUUGCUGUGCCAGGGAAGUCACAGUCUUCUUGGGACCAGGCUGCUCGUGGAAGCAACAACCCACACUUCUGCCAUAGUGCAUUUAUUAAAGGUGAAUUGCAGGA